CUUUUCGAGCAAGGCAUUGUUGUAAUUUUUAUUUAAAAUAAUCUAUUCUCAUUAAUUCAAUAAUUUAUAAUAAUUUUGAAAGGACACACGUCCUUAGUUCUGGUUUUAGGAAUAUAAAAAUCUAACUAAAUAUAAACAUGGCUGAUGAAGAAAUUAAUGGAGAUACUGACGACAUACAACAUGAUAAAGAUAAAACCCAAAAGAAAACUGCAAAACACGAUAGUGGCGUUGCGGAUUUAGAAAAAGUAACAGAUUACGCCGAAGAAAAGGAAAUAUCAUCUCAGGACAUAUCUGGUGCACUUUCUCUUAUUGGUGAUCGGAGGAAUAAAGAAGCUGCAGAAAGACUAGAAAAAGAAAAAGAAUUACAAAAAGUAUCUGUAAAGAAGGAUGACAUAGAAUUAAUUGUAAAAGAAAUGGAAAUCUCAAGAACAUUAGCAGAAAGAACAUUGAGAGAGCAUCGUGGGGAUGUGGUGGCUGCACUUACAACUCUUACUAACUGAUUAUAUUAAAAUAUCUGUCAGGCUUCAGUUUAAUAUAUUCAUUACUAAAUAAAAAAAUAUAUAAUUA